AAUUACUUUGAGCUAUUUUAUUUUUAGAAACAGCAUGACAAAUUCCGAAUGAUGUAAGAUUAUUAUGUAUGAUUUCCCAUGCUAUUUCAAGAAUUCCUUUGCUUUUACUCGUUUCGGCGCCCAUUGGCGUCAAGAUCACGUCACGAAGCCCUUCGUGACGGUAUGUUGACGAGGUAAGGCGGUUUAGCUUUCAUUUUUAUAGAAAUUCAACACAAUUUACACUCUACAGGACCGGUUUGCACACAUUCAAAAUACUAGCGCAAAUAUUUUGAAACUUAAAAGUGCAUGUCACUAGUGUUGAUUCGUUUUGCAUAGAAUCUACUUCGCAUGAUAUAGACCCUUCUUUACGUGCUUCGUAUAUUUUUCUUUUUUUCUUGGGUGGUGUGGAUGUCGAUCUACCACUCGAGAUCUAAAUAGUAUAACGAAUCAACACGAUCAUCAGGUACAUCGGUACGAAAUUCCAUAUGAAAACCAAAAUAGAAUCAGGAUGGAAUCACGAUGGAAAAACGAUGACUGGAAAUUGGAAUGAUUGGAAUUUAGACCGUGAAUGGAAUGGAGACGCUUUACGACGAACCACGAACACCAUGAGAAACCGAUGA